CGCUCCACUCUCUCAGACACGCGCGCACACACAUCCCGCCUGACCCGUGAGGAACAGAAAGUAAAGGUGACAGUAACAGUGUAACUGCAGUCCCCGUCCUCCAGCAGCACCGAACCCGUCGAUAUGUCUCUGUACACCGUCUCCCGGUUAUUGAGGAGCGCUCUGAGGACUCAGCUGGUCCCUGCGGCUAAUGUGUCGUCCAAACCUGCCAAACACAAUAUCAGUGCCGGGGAGCAGGCAGUAGCUAUGACAGCCAUGUUUGUGGCCAUCCUUGGUCCCUCCGGCUGGAUACUGGCUCACCUGGAGGACUACAAGAAGAAGGAGUAGAAGAAGAAGAGGGAGAGCAGAGUAUCAUUCCGGCCCAGAUGAAGAUGCAGACCAGAAGUCAUGCUGUUCUCCCUCCAGGUCCCUCACUCCGCUCCAUCUCGCUGCAGCUGAUGAGAUGUUUCUAUUGUGCACCUGUGCACCUGUGGGCCUCUACGAAUAAAUUCACUGUAUACAA